AUGAAGAUUUUGUCAAGUAUCUUUGUAUUCUACCAAUUCCAUCGAUUCCAGCUCCUCACAAUCUUCCUGGGCCUGAUGGCCACGGCGCUCAGCGAGGAGGCCAAGAAGAAAGACACCGAGGUCAAGGACUCGAACACAGAGAAGAAGCAGGAUAAACGGGGCCUCAGCCAAUACGAAGGAGGCUACGAAGGUGGCGAUUACGGCGGAGGACACGAACUGUCGAUAUCCGGAGGAGACUCGUCCGGCUACGGUGGCGGAUACGCUUCGGACUACGGUGGCGGUUACGGCAGUUACGGCGGAGGCGGAGGCGGAGGCGGCGACGAACACAGUAAAGUAAAGGAGAUCACCAUAGUGAAAAGCGUGAAGGUUCCCUAUCCGGUCGAGAAGAAGGUCCAUUACCCCGUGGAGAAGAAAGUACUGUACCCCGUAAAAGUCCCGGUACCACAGCCGUACCCCGUCGAGAAGAAGAUACCAGUCCCCGUGAAGGUUCUCGUCAAGGUCCCAGUGCACAUCCCCCAGCCCUAUCCGGUGGAGAAGAAGAUUCCGUACCCUGUGCAGGUGCCAGUCGAGAGACCCGUGCCUUACAAGGUCUACAUCCCUCAGCCCUAUCCAGUGGAGAAGAACAUCCCGUACCCUGUGAAGGUUCCCGUACCGCAACCCUACCCGGUGGAGAAGCCUGUUCCGUACCCUGUGAAGGUUAUCGAGCACGUGCCACAGCCGUUCCCGGUCGAAAAGGCAGUACCGUACCCGGUGAACGUACCCUUCGACCGACCGUACCCCGUUCACGUGCCCAAACCGUACCCAGUUCCAGUCGAGAAGCACGUACCAGUGCCCGUUGAGAAGCCAGUGCCCUACCCUGUGAAGGUUCACGUGGAGAGACCCGUGGGAGUGCCCGUCGAGAAGCCAGUGCCUUACGAAGUCAAGGUACCUGUCCCAGCGCCCUAUCCAGUGGAGAAGCACGUCGCUGUCCCCGUGGAGAAGCCCGUGCCCUACGCGGUCAAGGUGCCCGUCGAGCGACCUGUACCCGUGCAAGUCAACAAGCCAGUGCCCGUGGAGGUGGCCAAACCUGUGCCCUACCCUGUUAAGGUACCCGUAGCCGUGCACUCGCACGGUUACGGAGGAGGCUCCAGCGGAGGCUCCGAGAGCUACGGAGGAGGAUCCGAAAGCUACGGUGGAGACUACGAGUCCAGUUACGGGGGACACUACUAAUCCCUGGAAGACCCCAGCCGACGCCUUCCGGCUAUGCGACUAUGCCAGGCGUCGCGUUGCUUUUCUAUCUCGAAAUAUGAUUGUUAAGGGAAAGUAGCUCUUUCUUUGUUAAUGGGCGAGAGCAGAGAUUACUCGUAGCAGUCCUUAACAUUUGUACUUUCUAAAGAGCAAUCACAAUAAUUAUAUAUAAUUCUAUCCUGGAAGGUUCGAGGACGCGCCCGAGGGGGAUGUAUUUAUUGUAUAAUCUGCCUUUUCAGAGUAACGCUGGACCGAGAGCUGGCCGCAGGGUAUUUGUACAGCGAACGUUCUCUGCCCGGUCAGCUCUCGCCUCGGCGAAUUAGACGGUGGAGUUUCGAUAUAACUUUUGAUACCAGAGUACCUAAGAAUACACACUGUAUACACGACGCAUUGUACAAAGAUUCUGUAUUGUUCGGCGAUCGUAGGCGGCGCGACGAACGCCACUGUACCGUGUCUUUCGCUUCUUUUUAAUAAAACCAAAGAGCAAAAUCGACGAUCCGUUAGUGCCUUCAUAUCCU